AUGGCAUCAAUCGAACAAGAUGAUAUCUUCAACGUGGAAGACGAUGAAAUGGAAGAUGAAUAUCAAGAAGAAGAAGAAGAACAACAACAACAACAACAAGAACAAGAACGACAGGAUGAAGACUACGAUAUGGAUGUGGAUACAGACAAUGUAAAUCAACAACAAGUAAAUGAUAACCAAGAUGGAGAAGAAUUGGAUGAUGAAGACGAAGAAGACAAUGACAAUGACAAUGAUGAUAUGGAGGAUGUAGAAGAAGACGACGAUGACGAUGUUCAGGAAGAAGAAGAAGAAGACGAGGAAGAUGAGGAAGACGAGGAAGACGAAGAGGAAGAAGAAGAAGAAGACGAGGAAGAGGAAGAGAAGGAAAACAACCAAGCAGAAAUUACUUUAAAGAAUGAGAAAGAAACCCAAAGCCAAAAACUUGAACCACUGAAUACUCAUACUACCAGUCUGGAAAAAGAUGACAAAUCCCAACAACAAGAGUCAAUUGGUACACCAAGUAAUAUCAAGACUAAUCUUGAAGACGGCGAUGCUGAUGCUGAUGCUGCUGCUGCUGAUGAAGUAUUACGACCGACUCAAGAUUUAUUAGGAGAAGAAAUAAAUGACAACAUAAAAACUCCCUCUUCUUCAAACCAAGAACCUAUGGAUUUGACAAAAGAAGUUGCACUUUCCAGUACAACAACUACAAAGGAUAAUGAAGACAAUACUACCGUAAAUACUAUGGACACAGAACCAGUAUCAGACAAUACAAAGGAUACUUCUAUUGACGAGAAAGAUAAAGACAAAGAUAAAGAUCAAGCACAAUCAUCUAAACCUCAAACUGAACCUGAAGCAGAACCUAAACCUAAACCUAAAACAAUAGUUGAGCAACAUGAUAAACAGCUAACAGCUCUAGAUGAUAAUGUCAAAGAAAAAAGCUCGUCUCCAUCGUCUGCAUCACCACUGGAAAACACGCUUUCAUUUAGAGAACAAAUCAUUGCUAAAGCCAAAAAGGCAACUGACUUUGACAUUGUUCCACAAGUAGCGAUCCCAUACACAUCCCAAUGCCAUGCUUUGGCAUUCACAAAAGGCCCCAAAUGGAUACUUACAGGUGGAGAAGACGGCUUUAUUAGGAAAUACGAUUUCAUCCUGUCUGUCCAAGGUAAAGCACCCUUGACCAUGGCACAAAAACAUAAUUUGUCAGAUGCAAUUAGUAAUGCUGGUGUCAUAUGCUCAUAUUGGGAAAAUGAACAACCUUAUACUAGAAAGCAGUUGAUGAAACAAUUGCCCAAACUCAAGGAUUCGGAUUUUUCCACCGGUAGUGUUAGCUAUGAACCCAAAGUAAAUCCCAUUUACGCAUUAGAAGCAGAAAAAAAUGGUUACUGGUGUCUAUCUGGUUUACUUUCGGGUGGAAUAAGUCUUUACACAAUGAGAUAUAACGAAGGAACCAUCCACCACUACUUUUACCAAGGUAGCAAAGAAAACCCACGUAGAGGACACCGAGACACCAUUAGUGCUUUAAAACUAAAUCAAGAAGAAGAUAAGUUUCUUAGUGGAUCGUGGGAUAAAACAAUCAGAGAAUGGGACUUGAAUACCGGGAAAACAACUAUGGAAUUUGCACCAUCUUCAGGUCAGAUUUCCAACAUUGAGUUUCGACCAAACGGACUUGAAGACAUUUCCUUCCAAGUAGAGAUGGAGGAGGAACAAACAUUAACCAAAAAUUUGAAUGGGAACAACAAGGGUAAAAAAGAAAAAAAAGAUGAUGAUGGUGAUGAUGAUGUUGAUUCACUUUUUGGAGAUAGUGAUGGCGAUGAAAAUAUUGAUAACAAUACCGAUAAGGAAGACAAUGAAAACACAUUCAAGCAACCCCGUGCCCCCUUGCAAUCUAAACCACAUCGUAACUCUGACAUAUUCAUGAGUUCAAGUAUAGAUGGUACAAUAAAUAUCUGGGAUGUGCGUGUAUCAACACCGGUGAUCCGCUUGGGUGUAUCUGAAGGAAUUCCACCAUGGUGUGUAUCACUGACAUGGUCCAAUAACGGAGAAUUUAUUUAUGCUGGGCGACGCAAUUCUACAAUCGAGGAAAUUUCCAUUAGAAUGCCUCACAAGCGUUCCAAAUCUGGUCACCAUAAUGAUACAAUGAUUCCCAAUGUUUCCAAGCUAUUGCAAUUCCCAAAAAUAAGUGGUCCCGUUAGUGCAAUUGCCACUAUGCCAAAUGAUGAUUUCAUCUUGUGUGGAUCAAAUGAUAAUAUUAGACUUUAUGACCUACGUCUUUAUGAUGAUCUAUCAAAUACUGCAGUGAACACGAAAAAGCAAGCAACUCCGUUCCUUAUUGUUCCUGGUCACCAUGGCGGUAUGCUCUCACAAUUGUACGUUGAUGAGACUGGUAGAUUUAUGGUGAGCGCAAGCGGAUAUAGAGGUUGGGGUCAUGGUACUUACACCGAUACUGUGCUUAUAUACGAAAUAGACUUUGAUUAA